AUGCUGUUUCGAUUGUUUCAGCAACAGCUGGCGAGGAGACCAUUGGCCACUCAAAUGGCUGUCACUGGUUUGUUUUCCAGGACAAUCAAAAAGUUAAAAGUGUUUCACGUUAGAAAAUAAACUAUUUGAGAUAAUCCUAUCAAUUUUUUCAACUAGUAUUUUUUGUUGGUUAGCAAUAGCCCCUUUAUUUUUUCUUUCAAUAGAUUAUAUAGGAUUAAAAUUAUCAAUGUUUUUCACCUAGUUUUUCCAAAAAUGCUACACCAAUAUUCAAAAAGAUUCCCCAGAAAAAGGCUAAACUUUUCCAUUCGGAAAAUGAAAAAAAUCGGAAAAAUCUUAACGACAAAUCACACUCACAGUUUUUUUCAGAAUUUUUUUAAUUAAAAAUUAUUCGAAGAAAUUCACUCGAAGCUUUUUUUCAAUAAACUUUCAGGUGUUAUAAGCGGCGCUGGCGACCUCUUCGCGCAGUAUAUCAGUGGAGAAAAAGAGUGGGACAAAUGGCGGACCGCUAGAUUUUUCGCAGUGCAAACUUUCUUUGUAGUACGUAUCCAACUAUUCCAUAAUUAUCAUGAAAAAACUGUUUCAGGCUCCUUCUUUGAGUGUUUGGUUCCGGGUGUUGGAACGGGUCAAAAGCUCGAAUUUGAAGCUUCUUCCUCUCAAAAGGGUUUUUGUUGAUCAGGUUUGAACUAUUUCAAGUUUUUUUUUCUCAAUAGAGUUUAUUCUAGUUGACAUUCAGUCCGGUUUUCAAUGGAAUCAUUUUUGUUCAACUUGCGUGUGCUGGAAGGAUAUACAGUCAAAGAAUCCAAGGAUAGAAUGACUCGAGAUUGGUGGACUAUUUACAGCAACAGUUUGAAGGUUUGUCAAGGACAAAACAAUUUUCGGAUGAUUGAUAAGGAAACUUAUUGGUUUGAAAACUGAUUCAAUACUAUAAACUUUGAAUAAAAAAAUGAUAUACGUAAUAUUAUACCUAAUUAGUUUAAUACCAAAAAAAUCUGUUUUGAAACUGUUGCAAAAGUUCAAAAUACCACGAGACUGCAAAUUAAUAUGGGACCUUGACCAGUUUUUUUUUUCAAAUUGUUAUAGAUGUAUAUUUCUAAAAGAAGGCUACCACGUCGUUUCCAAAUCCCCUUUACAAAUAGCAAUGCGCCGUCGUUUGUAGAGACUUGUGAGUAGACACCAAGUUUUAUACGUCGGUACGAUUUUCGCAAAACCCAUUUGCGUUUCUAUUUCAAUUUGUUCUCAUUUUUUACAUGUGAUGCUUUCUCUUUAAGUAACAGUUUGGAAAUUUAAAAAUUAAAUUUGACAAUCGUUAUCACAGUAUUUCAUAACAAACAAAUAAUAAAGUUUACAAAAAUUUGCAUAAAAGGUCCAUACUGUCCCAUUUUAAGGAAGUUGAAUGCAGUUAUUUGGGCGAUUUUAUAUAAAUUUUUGUGAUUGGUUGUUAAAAAAUUAAGUGUACACACUUUUCUAAAUCUUUCAUCGCUUCAAUUUUGCUUAAAUUUUUGAUCCUUUUCGAAAAAGGUCGAAAAAUGAUGUUUCAGUAUGUAUGUCCAAAUUGCGCUUAUUGUGUACCUUUAUAUGAAUGCAUUUCAUGUACAGUGAUAAAAAUAAAAUCUGAUCAAAAUAAUAUUGCAAAUAGGCUCAACGCAAGUCGCACCCGCGCCCUAAAACUCGGCGUCUGCAUACACGUCUCUGAAAACGACGGCGCAUUGCGGACCCUCUCCAGCGAGCAACAGCGCAACUGGAGUCGGCCCGAGUCUUCCUAUGUUUUAUUUUUUGAGGCAGUCGUUUCAAAUGAACGAAUGCGGAUGGGAAGCGUUACCCUGGCAAUAUUUCAACCUUCUCUGCGCAUUAUCUGUGGACUUUCUCAUGGACUUUUUGCGUUUUUCUUCAGUUUUAGCGUUUUUGCUUAUAAAUUUUUUAACUCUUCAAAAAGUUAAGUAUUUAGGGUGCCCAAUAAAUAGUUUAAACUUUUUUUCCUAAUCUAAUAAUAAAAUGGGAAUUUCUCGAGUAUUGCAUCACUUUUGCUGUUUUUGACGGGUUGUGAGAAAUACGUUUUGUGUACAUAGUGUAUGUAGACUACUCAUUUAAACUUUGCUCAGCAACUCAGUAGUUUGAUAUAAAGCUCGAUAAGCUUGUAGUAAAUGUUUCAUUCGCAUUCCCCUCUCAAAACCAAUUACUUUCAGUUAUGGCCAGCCGUUCAAUUGAUCAACUUCUACUUCAUGCCAUUGAACUAUCGCGUAAUAUUGGUUCAGGUAUUAAUAUUCCUAUAUCCAAGACUUAUUGUACUUCAGAGCGUCGCUUUCUUCUGGAAUACUUACCUUUCCUUCGCUACUCAGCAGUCGAAAACCGCUCCCCCUGCACAAAUUGAGUCCGAUCUCAAGCACUGAUCAUUUAAUGUUCUUUUUCUGACAGUAAUAGUUAGAUAUGUUUUAGUUUAAAGUAUUUAUUCAAUUUUCACAUGUUGACCUCGAUGAGAAACCUUUCGAAACACGUGUAUUUGUAUAUAAGAGUAGUUUUUGCUGUACCCGGUUCAAAAUGUUGUGACUUUUUAAAUGUUAUCGAGCUUCAUAAUUUCAUUUUCCCAUUCAUUCAAGUUUCUAGCUGAUAAAUAGAUUUUUAUUUAAUGCAAACUUUUUUGUUGGCAGUUUUUGUUUGUUUUGUAUUUCAUGUUGAAACCUCAAAAGGCAAUGUUUUUUGAAAAUUCUAAGAAGUAGUUGGAUUACCUUCCGCGGCAAGACUUGACACCAGAUUAUUUCUUGUUCUAAUCAGGGGAUUAGAACAAAUUGCUCUUGGAGUGAGAAAACGGAUCUAUUUCUCGUUCUGUUUUUUUCUUGUUUUCAGUUUUGUCUUAAUUAGAAUUGAUGAACCUCAAUAAGGGGUAUUUUAGUUCAGAACUCGAAAAAAGGUUGAUUUCAAGUAUUAGUGAAAAUUGGUCAAAGCAAGUUUCUGAAUGGAAAAAGAACACUCUUAUUUUUACAAAUACUUAUUUCGUUACGUUCAAAAGUUUUUCUAAGCUCUUUACUUUUUUUCACAGCACAUAACCUUUUGGAUUUAUUUUUUCAAUUUUUUUUUUGCUCCAGGGUUUUUUUAAUUACUGUGACAUAAAAACACUUUUUUUGUAUGUCUUGAAACGUUGAUUUAAAAAAUUUAAAAAAAACUCCUAUUAUUUUUUGAAAUUUUUUUUCAGAAUUUUGCGUUAACGGGGUUCUCUGUUUCUCAGGCUACAUAAUUACAAUCUCAUACCUCUCUAAAUUGUUUCUAUUUUUCUCGUUAUGUACGCGCGCCGUUUUUUGAAAGUAAUAACGCUGAUUGGACAGUUUCAGGCUGGGAAACCCUGCAACGACUGAACAAAGAACAGUCAAAGAUAAAAGUGACGAGACCCGAUUCCUACAACAAAGACUGAUCGAUUGCGGGAUGCAGUGUGGUGGAACGAUCGCAAAAUACAGUCGUAUCGUCGGCGGUUUUCGCGUUAAUAUUGCCAAACAAAUGACUACCGCCGUCGACGACACACCUCAUUCAAAAUAUGAGGUGGGUGUCCUUUUUUUGUCCUCGUGUUUAUUUUUGCUAUCGAUAAGAGAUUCCGAUAGAGCACAUUUUCCUUUCCAGCUAAACUGUGUGGAAAAACACAUGCUAUUUCUUUUAAAAAGUUUUUGGAGUUUUUUUUGAAGUUGUUAAUUGUUUUUAGGAUGUUUUUGAAUGUCAAAAUUUUUUUACUUUUUAUUAGUGAAAAAAACUGUGAUUUGCAACCGUAUACAGGCUUUUUAAAUAAAUUGCUUUCCGGUAAUUUAAAAAACUGAACGGACCCUUGAGUUGCAAAAAAGGAAAGCAAACAGGUGAGCUGUAUUUUUUUAACUUUUUUCCUUAAGUGUGUCAUAAUUUUUGCCAACUGAAGUAAUCCUGCAACUUCAAGACGAUUUGAAAUUUGGUCAGCAAAUCGAACAGAUCAAACGAUCAAAAAACUCUUAUCUGUUGAUUGUUUUCAGUCUCACAGUUACAAAACGCCAAGAACCUUCUUUUUUCAGAAGGCCGUGCUCCUUCUCAAUGGACUACAAUCCAAUGCCGAAGUUAUCAAGAAAAUGCGGGAACAAAGAGAUCAAGUACAAAAUGAGAAUAUCCCCGAGUCGCGACGAUUUCUCAAAUCUUUGAACAUUUCUGUGAGUGUUUUUGAUUUUUGACAUCAAUAAAAACAACACGUUUAGAACAAUGACUUGAACUCGCUGAACGUGAUUCAUGUGAGUGGGACGAAAGGCAAGGGAUCGACUUGCGCCUUCAUCGAACAGAUUUUGAGAGACUUCGGCCUCAAGACUGGCCUUUACACGUAAGUAUUUUUUGUUUGCUCAUUGAAUGAUUUUUUUUUUAGAUCUCCUCAUCUGAUCCAUGUUCGUGAGAGGAUUCGGAUCAAUGGAGCUCCAAUCAGCGAAGAGAGUUUUGCUGAGCAGUUCUUUUUCGUGUACAACAAACUGAAAGAGGUUCUUAGCCAGGAGAUUUACAAGAAAACAAGCUUUUUUUUUAGGAAAACAAGGACUCGAUGCCCGCGUACUUCAAAUUCCUUACGCUAAUGGCUUUUCACGUUUUCUUGAAAGAAAAAACCGACGUCGUGAUUCUAGAAGUUGGAAUUGGAGGGGAACACGAUUGCACCAACGUCAUUGAGUAAGUGUUAAUGUUUUGUAUUUAUUGAAUGAAGUUUUCAAUUACUGACACUAUUUAUUUUAAAUUGAACGAUUUUCUAGUCAGUUAAAUAAAACAUAAUUUUUAGAAAGCCUGUAACCUGUGGAAUAACGACGCUUGAUCACGAUCACACUUCCAUUUUGGGUCAAGAACUGACUGGAAUUGCAUGGCACAAGGCGGGAAUAUUGAAGAAAAACGCGGUUGCGGUUUUCUCACCAACAGUGGAAGCCGCCGAGAAAGUGAUCCGCCAGAGGUCUGCUGAAAGAGAGGUUGGUUGAGAAACUUCCUGUUUAUUGUCUUACAAAAUUGUUUUUUAUUAAUAUUUUUCUGAGACAACAUCGUGAACAAUUUUUAACGAAUCGAAGACUUUGCGAUUCAGAAAUGGAAAAGUUUAGUAUUCAUUGUUUGCCGGAUUCAAAUUAGCGAAGCAAAGUUCCUUUAAAAAAACCUCCAAUCAAACUUUUUGUUUCUUUUUUCUUUGCCUAUAAAUAAUUCAAGCCUUAUUCUACUAAUAGCUCUGGCGAGCAAAAAACUCAUAAAAAACACGCAUUUCAGACAACAGUCGUGGAAGCGCCUCCACUUGAAGCGUAUCAAUGGCCUCGUGAUGUGACAGCCGGAAUCGCCGGACGUCAUCAGGCUCUCAACAUGUCCCUCGCCCUGCAACUGAGCAGGAUCUGGCUCUCCAAACAGAGAGAAAAUCGUGAGAUCUCUUUCUGAUAGUUAAGAAAUCAAACUUACUUUUCAGAGUCUUCAUCGCUCUUUAUGAAGUCUGACUGGUCACCCGGAACCGGAUAUCAAGUUCCUGCGUCUUUUUGCGACGCUUUGGAGUCCUGUCAUUGGCCGGGUCGUAGCCAAGUCCUUCAAACUGACCGGAUCAAGUUCUUGAUUGACGGAGCUCACACACCGAAAAGCAUGGAGGUAGUCUUUCUGGAAUCAAAAUUGUUUUUUUGUAUUAGCUAGAAAAAUAUAAAGGUGUCCAUAAAACAGGAUUAAUAAGUGUAUCAUAGGUAUAUCAGUUUUUACUUUACCAUUAUCAAAAACGUAAAAAAACACGCAGAAGGUUUAGAACUUUCCAUUGCAUUUAUUCAAGCACAUUUUCUUUUUUUAUAAAGGGUGAUGACAGCUUGGGGAAACUUUUAAUUAAUAAAGUUUGAUUCAAAAGAAAUAAGAAUAUGCUUGCAUCUUUCUUUUGAAUCUUCUGUAUUUCACUCUCGUUUCUCUUUUUUUUUCACUGGAUUUCAUCAUGUUUCCAUUUUUCUGAAUCAUAAAUUUCAGGCGUGCGCCGACUGGGCACGAGAAGCAUUUUCCUGCAAUGACUCUGAUUCUGGAAAAUACCUAUUGUUUCAAUGCACGGCUGACAGAAACCCCGCUUCUUUGUUGGAAUGUCUCAAGGUUCCGCAUCGAUUUCGGCAAUCUAAGAAAACUAUCAACUUUUCAGGCUUACAAAUUCGAGAAGGUGCUCUUUUGUCCGACGCAGCUGAGUGUGAGCACAAAGAAGACGUCUGAUUCUGCGAAUUUCAACCAGCCUGGAGGCCAGCAACUGGAGAAAGCCAAGCUGUGCAGCGAAGCGUGGCGUUCUCUCACCGGCGAGGUCAGAAAAUAAAUAGUUCGGGAAAAUGAAGAAUAGAAAUUUCAGGACGCGUUGCUGUUUGACUGCGUUUCUUCCGCGAUGGACUGGCUCGAAGAUCAGUCCAAGGAAAAGAAGCUGGCCGUUCUGGUCACCGGAAGUCUUCAUUUGGUCGGCAGCGUUCUCAAUGUCGUUACCUCAAAAUAUAACGUCUCUCCUUGA